AUGGACCCUCCUACUCCUAUUCCUAGUUCUACUAGUGCUGUUGCUGCUACUGCUGCUGCCUCUGCUGGUGUUCAACAUGUGACCAAGAGGCGAUCAGAUGAGCUGCUCAGGAAAUUUGCUGAUUCUUGCAAUGAGGCCGAGGCCUCUGCCAAGAAGAAGGCGAUCAGGGCGCUUUCGAAACAAAAUAAGAGAAGCCGGAAGAGCGGUGAGUUUGAACAGAGUGAGAGUCUAUCAGAUGGCAAGAGUGGUAGCUUAGUGGAGAGGAGGUCACUGCUUCCUGUUGUUGCUGGGACUAAGAACAAGGGAUUGCUGCUUAGGCAGCUUGGUGUUCAUGGCAGAUCAAGAGAUAUCAGGAACAAGUCUCUCUUUGGUACCAUCCACAAGACUUGGAGGAGGACCAUUGAAGGGGCUUCAAAGGUUUUCAUGGAGAAGCAUUAUAAUAGGCACAGGCGUUUGAUAAAUGACAUUGUUUAGCUCCAAGAACAGUUUUUGACUAUGCUAUCAGAAAGACAUAAACUUCUACUUUAGCAAACCUCAGUUAGUGUGUAAAUUUACAUUCAAUUUCGCGUUCUCAUUCUUUUUGCAUAUUUUUUCCAAUACAAUCAAUCGAAUAAAGCUAAAUUCUUGCUCUC